UUUUCCUGGCGGAGUUUUGGCGGCGGAGCGGCGCGGGCUAUGGACGCGCUCAAGUCGGCGGGGCGGGCGCUGAUCCGGAGCCCCAGCCUGGCCAAGCAGAGCUGGGGGGGCGGCGGCCGGCACCGCAAGCUGCCGGAGAACUGGACGGACACGCGGGAGACGCUGCUGGAGGGCAUGGUGUUCAGCCUCAAGUACCUGGGCAUGACGCUGGUGGAGCGGCCCAAGGGCGAGGAGCUGUCGGCUGCAGCUGUCAAGAGGAUCGUGGCCACGGCCAAGGCCAGCGGGAAGAAACUGCAGAAGGUAACUGUAAAGGUGUCGCCCCGAGGAAUUGUCCUGACAGACAACCUCACCAACCAGCUCAUUGAGAACGUGUCCAUCUACAGGAUCUCCUACUGCACAGCAGACAGGAUGCACGACAAGGUGUUCGCGUACAUCGCCCAGAGCCGGCACAGCGAGAGUCUGGAGUGCCACGCCUUCCUCUGCGCCAAACGGAAGAUGGCACAGGCUGUCACUCUCACCGUAGCCCAGGCCUUCAAAGUCGCCUUUGAGUUCUGGCAGGUGUCCAAGGAAGAAAAAGAGAAGAGGGAGAAAGCCAACCAAGAGAGAGGAGACGUCCUGGGGACCCGCUGUGACAGCACCCCCUCGUUGAAGAGCUUGGUCGCCACUGGCAACCUGCUAGACUUAGAAGAGAUACCCAAGGCCCCACUGUCCACGGUCAGCGCUAAUACCAGCAACGUGGGUGAGGCCCCGCGGCCUCAAACCGUGAGCAGCAGCACCGUUGUCUGGGAGCUGGAUGAUGGCCUGGAUGAAGCAUUUUCAAGGCUGGCGCAGUCACGGACAAACCCUCAGGUCCUGGACACUGGGUUGUUGGGGCAGGACAUCCAUUAUGCGCAGUGCCUCUCACCCACCGACUGGGACACACCCGACAGUGCUGGCACCGAGCAAGAUGACCUCUUCAGCUUCUGAGAGCCCGGGGCCAGCAGGACGCGGCAGCCUUGACACACGAUGGGCCAAAGCCACCUGUGGCAGGGCAGCCAGCUCUGGGAGCCACCAGCCCCCUAUGGUCAGCAGCAGGCGAGCCUGCAGAUGAGAGCUUUCGGGGCAGGUGGGGAGAGCUGAGAGCUGUCUGGAAUGCGUUCAGUGAAGCCAGGUUUGCAGCAGGCAUGUGGUGUGCAGGGCGGGACCCUGCCUCCCGCUCUCUCCUGGAGCUGGUGCCACACCAGCUGUGGGUGUUGGGACAGUGACCAAAGCAUUGUCCCUCCUUUUCUGGGUGAUCCCAGCAAUGGGAAUGCUCCUUUGUUUCCAGGAGGGGACACAGCUGCCUUUGGCAGGUCAUAUCCUUGAGCUCAUGUUCCUCAGGGCCCUGCACCAGAGCUCUCAGGCAGCCCCUGACCAAAGAUCGCACACAGGUUGACACUUUAAAGCUCGCCCAGCAGGCGUGGUGCGGGUGGGAGCCUUGGUGUGCACAUCGAGGAGAGCCUACUUUCUGCCCUUCCUCUGCGAGAGCAUCCGGAGUCCCCAGCCAGUGCUUGGGCCCAGUGUGCCAGCUGUCCGCGACCAAGUCUCACCACGAUCGUGGGGAUCACCUCUCCGUGGCCUCCCUCCUCAGGAUCCCUCUUCAUUCUCUGCUGUGGACAAGGCUGCGCCUGCUCUUCUAUUUUAUUUGUGCGUCCUUGUGUGUGUCCCUCCAUCCCGCCUCCCCAUACAUCCUGAGACUGAUGUGAGAAGCCUCACACUAUGUAUGUCAGGAUAUUUUUCAUUCAUUUUCCAAAUGGGGAAACUGAGGCCACACAUGCUGAGGGGGUUGGGGCUGAGACUAGAACCCAGAUCUGAUGCCAAAGCUGCUUGCUCCACCACCACCUUCCCCAGCUCACACCUCCUCUCUCUAGCUCUGUUGUCCUCUCAGGAACCAAAAGCCCCAGCUAUUUUCUGACCAAAAUGUUUCAUAACAAACCAUCUGGUGCCUUUCCAGGCGGCGCUGGCACAGGCCUGCCUCUGCUCUGCUAGCUGCCUUGCCGCUGGCUUCUGGGAAGAUACAAGUGUCUGAAGUGUUGUAAUUCCACGGGGGAACAGAAUCAAGUCUGGAAUCACCUCGCUGUUUUUUCCUGACACCGUGGCCCAGAUGGUCUGUAGUCAGGACACCCUAGCAGCAAGCUUUCUUUAGAAUCUUUUCCUCCUCCCUCGUGUUGGUCCUGUAGACUCCUGAAACCCAGCCAGGCCAAUAAGCAUCUUUCUAGGGUGAGGAUCCCUCUGUUUGGGGGCUGGUCGGAGCAGGCCUCAGCAGCCCCAGGGAACACUGGGCAUGUCUUGGCAUCCCCUUUCACUGGCUGAGCAGCUGAGUCAGACCCGUGUGUAGGGGAAGGAACCUAGAGAGUCCUUACCAGAACAAGGGUGACUCCCUUUUCCUGCCCAGCCACCAGGCUUCUGUGAGAGGUGGCUGGGAGGGUCUCACCGUGCUGUGGCCAUGCUGUGGCCCUGGUGGUAUCACUGACAAGCUGUCAGCAUGCUCCUGGGUUUCUGGAGCCGAGUCCCGUUCUUUGCCCAGUUCUAACGAGGAAAGAAACAAGUAAUAAAGGCUCCCUUUCUGAAGUAUAA